UGUUGAAGGGAAGCAGAGAGAGCAGCUCCCCUGAGAGAGACUAAGGAGCGACAGAAAACCGACAUUCAGGACAUUUAUUAAAACAAUAACUUCACCUUUAACGUGGGGCUGUGGAGGAUUGUGGGAGUGGAUGCACGUGAUUAAAAUCCGGUGUCGGUAAAGAGGAGGAGACAGAGAUGGGGAGCGUGUCUGUCAGAGGAGGCACGAUGAAGGGUGGUAACCACAGAUCUUCUUCUUCGCUUUGGUGUUCCAAACCACGCAACAAGAAGAUCCUGAGAAAUCUGAAGACAGAAAAUGAGGAGGUGAACCAGUAGCUGACAUAACCUUUUUCUGACUCCUGUUCCUGUCAGCCUUACACCUGCAGGGGAAGGACAGCCGCUGAUAAUAAUCACCUGAUGCAACACUUUCAGGAACUGUCAGUGUGAGGAAGCUCUGUCACAAAGCAGAGGUGUCCCCAGCUGCAGCUCUAAACUAAAAGUCUCAAGGAUUACAUGAAGAGCAUGGGACGUGGGGUUCAGAGCAGUGAGUUGUCGCCUGGAAGUAAAAGUCCCAGGAACAAAUGAGUAGCAGUGGAUUCGGUUGCAGCUCCAGCUUGCUCCAGGGCCGGCGUUUCUACUGCCGGGAAUGGGCCCUGGACAAGCUGCGGCGCUGCCUGGACACCCGCUCUGUGCCGGGCCAGCCGCCAGGGCUGCUGGUGAUGGGAGGCCCCGGCGCCGGGAAGACCGCCCUGUGCACGGAGGUAGUGUGGCCCACAUCGAAGGCAGGGCUGGCGGUGGAGCUGGCACCGCGCUGCCUGGCCUCCCACUUCUGCCAGAGGGAGGACCAGAGGAGCACGGUGCUGUGGAGGUUCGUCCUGGGCCUGGUGGAGCAGCUGAGGGCCUCGCCUCUUCUCUCUCCCGGGUACGAAGAGAUCAUCAGCAGCCCGUCUGUGUCCCCCGCUCUGGAGCCUCUCACCUGUCAAAAAGACCCUGAUGACACCUUCAAGAGAGCAGUGUUGGGACCCCUGUUAGACCGUCCACCUCCUGCCCAGACUCUGCUGCUGCUGGUGGACUCCCUGGACGUCGGGUACGGUACAGGCGAAGGAGGUGGGAAGAGCGGCUCCAUUGCUGAGCUGCUGGCCGCUAAUCAACACCUGCUGCCCGGCUGGCUGCUGCUCGUCUGCUCCGUCCGCCGCCACAACAAGGCAGUGUGCAAGAUGUUCUCAGGUUUUCGCCGGCUCUGUCUGGAUGAUCUCCGCAAGCCCCCUCCAGUCCAUGACGUGCAGCAGUACAUCCUGUGUCGACUGGACGGAGACGCGACACUUCGCCGUCAGCUCACCCCUGACACGGCUGACAUGCUGAACCUGCUACACAUUAAGAGCAGCGGCUGCUUUCUGUUCCUCGAGCGUGUGCUGGAUGGUGUGGCUGCUGCACUGGUAGGGCUCCGGGAGAUCCGGGACAUCCCCGGAACCUUAAAUGGCCUCUACCUGUGGUUGUGCCAGAGACUGUUCCCCCGGGGACUGUUUGUCUAUGUCAGGCCUCUCAUCAAUGUCCUCUUGGCUGCUCCGAAGCCCCUCACGCCCCAGCAGCUGUUCACUGCUGCCUGGACACAUGACAACUUACUCAGCCUGCAGGACUUCCAGAACAAGCUCCAAACCCUUGCACCUCUCCUGAUCGACGGCCCUGGAGGUACCAAACUACUUUUUCAUGCCAGCUUUGCUGAGUGGCUGACCGAUGUUAAGUAUUGCACACAGAAGUAUCUCUGUAGCAGAACAGAGGGGCACAGCAUGCUCGCCAUGGCUCUGACUCUGCAGGGAUCCCACCUGGACAUUGAGGACACUUGCCAGUUAGCAACACAUUUAGUUUCCUCAAGUCAACAUAAAGAUAACCCCUCGUUAUUGGCACUGUGGAUGCUGUGGACAGGUGUGCCCGCUUUUCCUCCUAGAGACAGUAGUGCCCUUGCCACAUCCACACCCCAGCCUCCUGUUCUAGUCAGCCAGCAAGUCCUUCAGCUGUUAUUGAGGACUGGGCUUGUUUCUGCAGCCUGUUUUGCAGACCAGAGUGUUGGAGUGCAUUGUACAGGCGAGGAGGGACCUAGUUUACGAAAGUCCUUUGAAAGGGAGGUGUCCAUAAAGAAGUUGCUCAGCAGUGGGGUUUCUGUAAACCAGCCUGGCUCUAUAGAUGGACAGACCUUGCUUGCCAGUGCGGCCCAUGAUGGGUCUACAAAUGUAGUCAAACUUCUCCUGACACACGGAUCUGAUCCACUGGUCAAAGAUCAACAGGGUCAAACACCACUGACUCUGGCUUCCAGGCAGGGUCAUGUCAAAGUGUUGUCCAUGCUCCUGGAAUGGGCCAAGUACCAGGAGCCGGAAACUGCAGUGCAGCUGAUGGAGCACGUUGACAACGAAGGCUGGACGGCGCUCCGCUCUGCAGCCUGGGGAGGACACAGUGAGGCUGUCCGGCUUCUGCUGGAUGCAGGCGCAGAUGUGGAUGGAUGUGAUGCUGAGGGCCGGACUGCUUUAAGAGCUGCUGCGUGGGGAGGGCACGAGGAAAUUGUCCUGACCCUGUUGGACUACGGGGCACGAGUUGACAAAGCUGACAGCAAGGGCCGCACGCCACUUAUUGCGGCCGCCUAUAUGGGACAUCAUGAAAUUGUGGAGGUAUUGCUGGACCACAAUGCAGAAGUGAACUUGGCUGAUGGAGAUGGGCGCUCUGCUCUGUCAGUCGCUGCCCUCUGUGUCCCCACAGCAGCAGGGGUUAAAGGUUAUGGUGAAGUAGCGAGUCUGUUACUGGAGCGUGGAGCUGAUCCAGGACACAGAGACCACGAUGGAAUGACGCCUUUGCUUCUUGCAGCCUAUGAGGGCCAUGACGAUGUAGUUGAGCUUCUGUUGGAAGCUGGUGCUGACGUAGAUGAGACUGCUGGUCCUAAUGGUAACGUCCCUGCUGCAGCAGCUGUCACUCCUCUGCUGGCAGCUGCAGCAAUGGGCCACAUGAAGACGGUGUCGCGACUGCUUUUCUGGGGAGCAGCUGUGGACGCCAUUGAUUGCGAAGGCAGGACGGCCCUCUGCCUAGCCGCAGCAAGAGGCAGCGUGGAGGUUGUCCGUGCCCUGCUGGACCGAGGCCUGGACGAGAACCACAAAGACGACCUCGGUUGGACUCCGCUGCACGCUGCUGCCUGUGAAGGCCAUCGCAGUGUGUGUGCUGCUCUGACUGAGCGAGGCAGCAUGGCGCGUGUCGGAGAGAUGGACAUUGAAGGUCGCACGCCUCUUAUAUUGGCAGCGCAGGAAGGUCACUGGAGCACGGUCAGGCUGUUGUUGGACAGACGUUCUCCCAUUGAUCACAGAGCAUACGAUGGACACUCUGCCCUGACUGCCGCCCUCCUGGAGGGCCAUGCUGAGGUUGCAGAGCUACUCAUGAGGCGAGGGGCUGAUACCGAUGUCCGGGACGCAGAGGGAAGGCCUCUGCUCUACCUCUUGGUGCUAGAGAAUCGACUUGAAAAGGUUACUCUCCUCAUAGAGAAAGGCGGGGUGCCCCUGGAGUCCCGAGACUCUGAGGGCCGAACAGCGCUUCAUGUGGCUUCCUGGCAGGGUUGUGUGGAGAUGGUAGACCUUCUGUUACGGCACGGGGCAAAUCCCAAUGCACAGGAUGCAGAAGGAAGACCGCCAAUGCAUUCAGUGGCUUGGACAGGACAUGCUGAAGUAGGACGGCAUCUUCUUGAAACCAGUGGUAUCAGUAUAGACCUCGCUUGUCACCAGAGGGCGACGGCUUUGAGCAUCGCCGCCCAGGUGGGACACGCAAAUAUUGUUGCAAUGCUUCUGGAAAGAGGUGCGAAUCCCAAUCACAUUGAUAAAUACGGCCGCAGUCCCAUCAAAGUGGCUGGAAAACAUGGGCACUUUAACAUCGUCCGGCUCUUGGAGAGCUACGGAGCCAAGCCAUAUGUAGGCCUGCUGCCUAAAUCUAGUACCGUCUCCCCUGCCAAACCCAACAAGAUCCUCUCUUCAGGCAUCUUGGAGAGUAACGGAGGUGAAGUCACUUCUGCUACCUCCUCCUCUUCUGUAUCUUCUCCUGGCUCCACUGCAGAACGAUUCCACUCCAUGCAGAGCUCCCAAACCUCAUCCACCUGCCACUCGCUGGCCACAGUGCAGACCGUCCCAGCUGACAGCCUCAGCUUCAUUCAGCAGAUCCAACAGCACUCACUGCCCCGAAGUCGUAGUCGUCCCUCCACUCUCCCCCCACCGGGGGGCCCAGGCAUGGGCAGCCUCCAUGGAAGCAGCCAGAGGCACCCUAAAGGCAGCCCACCUCCCACUGUUUGCACGGUUGCUGCAAUGGUGCACAACUGCGAACUGCCUCAGAAAGGCUUGUCGUCCGGACUCGAAUAUCGCGACAAAAUGAACAAACAGAACUCAAACUUAAUAAAAGCAGACAGGACUACUUACACGGGUGGCAAAUGGCACUCAGUCAUGGCUUCCCUCGGGAUAAUGCCUGGGCAGGACAGCCCUUCAAUAGGUGCUAAAAACAGAGAAAGUCCUCCUCUGGGCUACCCGUAUAGGCUGCAAAGUCCACUUCAAGGGGACACCUGGGAUUCCCAACCCCAGAAAAACUUUUCAUCACCUGCUUGCUACACGUUUAGCCCCGUCCCGCCUUGUAGUGCCUUGCCGGAGGAUGUUAUGACAACCACAGACCCGCAGCUUAAUCUGAAACAGGCCAUCAAACUGCAGUUUGAGGGUCCCACCAGUGCAGCCUUAUACAAGAGAGAAACACCCCUGUGACUGGUGCGCCAGUGUGUGACUAAAGUUAGUGAUCGCUCAACUUUAUUCACAAGCGCUUGAAUUUGUUAAAAUUUGUGUAAAUUUAAAGUAAUUUAUGAAGCAAACUGCCAAAUCCUUUCCAGCAUCUCCAGUUUAUUCAGUUUGGUACUUUGAUAAUUGACAUAUCAUUUGAUAAUGGAAAUAUUCUUUUGUUGCAGCCCCAGUUUGGUAUCAAAACCUUUUUUGUCCGCUGGUGUACAUUUAAGACAUUCGCAGACAUUUAAAUUCUAAAGACAUCUUUGUUUUAGGUUGAGUCAGACAUUUGUGCAGUUCAAAGAGAAGGCAGUUUUCACUGUGUACAUUGACUUUCUGGGUUUAUAAGAGAGAGGAAGUGAUCUCUCUCUCCACCUCCCUUCAGAAAACCGGAGAAAGAACAAACUGAAUGACAUCAAAGCUUACAUUCCUGCCUUUCCGCCGGCUGUUGUGUGUGUGUUUCGAGCAGGGCUCUCACAGACAAGAUCAUGCUUUUUCAUUUGAAGUGUAAAGCAUAACGUUCAUGUUCAAUGUGGACCUUACUUGUUUGAAAUGAUUUUCUGCUGGUAAAGAUCCUGUUUUAAGCAGUGAACAACCUUGUUUAAGAGCUUUAAGUUUGUGGCCUUGAUCUUUAUUAAAGCCUUUGAUAUUUACUAUAAACCGGCCUACACCCUCCAUAGAUCCUUCGCUGAUGACCAAAAAACAGUUUGCAGAAAAAGGCAAGCUUACCAAAGCCUGACCCAGCGUGGGGUUUAUGAUACAAACUAUAAAAGACAGCCAAAAGUACUGAACCAACUUGGCUCGCUCGCAGUGUGUGUCUGUGAGCAAGCAGGAAGGAAAGUGAAAAUUGGACCAUAAAAACUGAGGGUGGAUGUGGGAGGAUUGUUAAUUCUCAAACUUGUGUGUGGCCUAAAGAAAUUUCUAGUUCUUUUUCCUUUUUUGCAUUGGAUUCAUAUUUAAUUACAUUCAUUCAUUAAAGUGACGUAAAACCGUCUACCUCUUCCCUUUCUGCUUGAUUUGUGUAUCAUAUUGUAUUUCAUGCACUGUACUAUUUUAUGUCACUGAAAGCGUCUGAUUUAGUAGCUGUAGCGUCUGUAGUAGUAGAUGUAGUAAAAGUCUGGCAGUGGGUUGAUGCCGCCACCUGGGACUGUAAAACUAAGCGCUGUUUUGAAACUGGAGCACGGAAGACUCAGCAGAGAGAUCCAAUUGUGAUUUAACCUCCAUUUUUUUGCAAUAUGUGAAAUCCUUUUUCAGAACUGCCUUUUCAAUGUGCGCUCUCAUUAGAAAGGCACCGGCAUGAUAUUUACUCUGAUGAAGGUCCGGGGCUUUGAUACAUUUCUAAGAUUUGAAUUGAAAUGAUUGAAACUGCUAGGUCGACCUUCAUGUCUUUGAGGCACUUGUGCACAACAUAAAAGCGAUUUCUGACUAUUUGAACAAAAGAUUUGGCAAAGGAUUUGGUACAAUUGUUUCCUACAUCUGUGACCUGUUGCUAACUUUUUGGGUUCAGAACAGUAGACUGCAAGUUACAACCUGAUUUUCCCAAAACAAUAGUCGUAGUAGCCUUCUACGGAGAAAAGCUCAUUUAUGUGUGGGGGGGAUUUAAGUCCUACUACACCCUUAAAUAUUGUAGUUAUUGCUCAUUUUAUGACAUUGAUGAGAAUCAGGUUGU